CUUCGGCAAGCCGGGCGGGGCGGGGUUAUUCCGGAGCACCAGACCGGGCCGGAGGGGCAUUAGCCAAUCCAUGGGAUUGUCUUCUCUGAAGGAUCCUUUCAAAGGAUCCUUUUAUAGGUGGCAUCCACCAACUGCUCGCUCAUCAUGAGUCACAGGUCCGCCUGAGCUCUACAUGUAGUCAUGAUUUGAGCGAGAAAUUCCUUAAACCACCAAGGGGUCCCUUUAUCGCUGCGUUUCCAGAACUCAAUCUGUGAAUUGGUUAAGUAAACCCAGAGCAUCACUACCUUCUGUCAAGAUGCCUAUCCGUGAGCUUGAAUAUCCGACUGAGCCUUACAGCACAGUCAAGCGACUGAACGACCGGGCGAGUUAUGCCCUGGAGACCAUCCACCAGAUCGUUAACACCUGCCCCAUUCUGCAUGUCUCUUUCCAACCGUCCAACAGCCCCUUCCCGGCAGUGCUGCCAAUGAUCGGCCAGAUGGGUUCAUUCAAGCGGCCCAGUGCCGACCUGGAUGAAGUGCUCGAUCUGUAUCUCCACGGCUAUGUCUCAUCCCGACUAAUGAACCUGGCCCGAACCCCCGCCUCGUCCGGAUCAUCAGAGUCAAACCCCGAACCGGGCCGCCUCCCCAUAACGGUGGCCGCGACGCACCUGGACGGGCUGGUGCUGGCCCUGACGCCCAACUCGCACAGCUACAACUACCGCAGCGCCGUGCUGUUCGGACACGCGUCAUUGGUCACGGACCCGGCCGAGAAGCUGUACGCCAUGGAGCUCAUCACGGAGAGCGUGGUGCCGGGCCGGUGGGCGCACUCGCGCGUCCCGCCCAACGCCGCCGAGAUGCAGAGCACCAGCAUCCUGCGCGUCAAGAUCGCCACGGGCAGCGCCAAGAUCCGCAGCGGCGGCCCACAUGACGAGCGCGGGGAUCUGGAGGACGAGGAGAUCAAGCGGAAGGUGUGGACGGGCGUGGUCCCCGUCUGGUCCGUCUUGGGGGAGCCGGUGCCGGGGGGGUAUAAUCAGGUUGCUGAGGUGCCGGAGUAUUUGGAAGGGUGGAGGAGGCAUGUGAAUCGGGAGGCGGAGGAGUUCGCUAAGGAGCAGGUGUUGAAUGAGGGGACAGCGAGGAAGAAGACAACCGAGGAGUGAGUGUGCAUGUAGAGUAUCCAUAUCAGUCAGCUUUGGUUGCCCGAAUCUCACCAUUGCGACCUGACCACCCCACUCAUCCAUUGACGGAGUAGAAGGAGUAAAAAGGGUGAGAAAUCCACUGUCCUAUUCC